CCCCAUUUCCAUAUACGAAGAUCCUACUUAUACGACUUCUCUAUUACCCUUAAUCAGAGUGGCAGUCCCCGUAAUUAUCACCAGAUACGUGUCCUUUUUCAGGCUAUUUCCAUUUUCGGACAUUUCUGUUACGAAAAAAGUUUCAAUAUUGAGCUGCAGUUCAACAUGGUAAAUAAGCGGCCUUUUCUUGAGGAUACUUUCGAGGUUUCAAACAAGCAAUCAAGACAAGCAGAACCUAGCGAUCAAUGGGUUUUAUCUUCAGAACCUUUUUCUUCUGAAGAUGCUGCCCUGAUUUCUAAUGCUUCAGAUGAGGGCAGAUUCAUAAACGCUAAUGCCAAGUGUGAUGAAAAGCUUGCAAAUGCCAUUGGUACUAAACAACCAGGAAAUUCUGAGGACUUUGAAGCCAAUGUUUCCAGCUGCAUUGCCAUUUCUUCCUUGGGAACAUGUGGUUCUGUUGAAGAAGACUCAUGGCCAGAGGAACCACUUCACAUACCUUCAUUUGCAGAAUGUUUUAACCCUGAACGCUCAGUAAGGUUGUUAGCUCGUUUUGAAGAUAUCUAUUCUAUACUUUUGGAAUGUUGUCCGAGGAAAGCAGUUCUUGUUGGACCUAAUUACCAAGCAGAUAUUCCAGAAUGGGACUCAAUGGUUGCUAGGAAUACUUCUAAUGAGACAAAUGUAUCUGAAACUGCUGCUGUCAGAUAUGAGAAUGAACUGAUGGGUACUUGUAUCAUUCCAAUGCCUGCAUUGGAGUCUUCUGCAUAUGAUGACAAAGUUGGAAGGGGCAGAACUGAUUGCAGUUGUGAGGACAAGAAUUCUGUCAGGUGUGUCAGACAGCACAUUUUGGAAGCAAGAGAGGAACUUAGAAAAUCUCUUGGGCAUGAGAAAUUUGUAGAGCUUGGUUUCUGUGACAUGGGUGAGCUAGUGGCAGAGAAAUGGAGUGAGGAGGAGGAGGAGCUAUUCCACAAAGUUGUAUUCUCUAAUCCAGCAUCCUUGGGAAGGAAUUUCUGGGUCAGCCUUGCUUCUUUCUUCCCUUAUCGAUUCAAAGAGGAUAUUGUAAGUUAUUACUUCAAUGUAUUUGUGCUGCGGAAGAGGUCUGAGCAGAACAGAUGUGAAUCAAUGAGUAUCGAUAGUGAUAACGAUGAGUGGCAGGGUACUGAUGAUUCUGGCAACAAUGAAGAUGGGUUUUUAGGAGAAGAUGAGGACUCUGUUGUUGAAUCACUUGUAUGUCAAGAAGAUUUUGCUCAUAAUCAGAGCCAGGAAAAUGGCUUGUGUGUUUUUGAUGAGGAUGUUGCAGAUGAAACUUGUAAUAGUCAGUAUAUAGAUUCUGCUAGUGGUGCAGAUGCUAACAAAGUUUCAGAAAGAUAUUCCGGGAAGUUGUUUAGCAAAUGUGGUUCUGAUCCCAUGGCUCAGGUGCAUGAGAAAGCUCUCAAGGUUGCACAAGGAGAAGAAGAGGAGCGAGAGGUCCAAGAGUCUGCACAUCUUCUGAUACAGGGGCUGUGUCACUAGAAACACAGGCGAAUGCUGACAAUGGUGAUACUGGAAACCCUGUCAAUAGGUUAAACAAUGGUGGUAGCCAUGGAUAUGUUUUGGAACCAUGUGAUACUAAAGUUUGGGAUGCUGGAUAUCCGACUUGCCAAAAAAAUAAAAUUGACUUUUUACCCACAUGUAGUAUGAUUGAAGAGGUUUUUGGAGAUGGGUCAUGAAUAUUACAGAGCAAUAGAUGGAAAAAAACUUUGAGCAGUUUUGUCAUUACUAUUUUGCAGUGAAUGAAAGCACCUGCCAUCUGAGAUUUUCAUUCUGGAUAGGAAUUUUCCCUCUGUAGAUUGAAUUCUCAUCAAUGAACAGAAUUCCAUUUUUCCUUGUACAUUCACAUGUAAUAGAAACCUGUUUUCAUUGUAAUAUAGAGAAUUCUAGAAGGUGAUUGGUUUUCAAUUUUUAUUUUGGGGGGUGGGGGCACUUUAUAUGUAAUGCUAUCUUUUACCUUUUAUAGAAGCUCCACAAAGAGUCUGUAGUUGCCUCUUGCAUUGGAAUGAGCUGAUCUUCGGAAUAUAAACAGACUGGCAACUAGGAUCUCGUAUUUUUGUUUGUUUUGAACUUACUGUGCAUCAGUAUCCAUCGGUCUGUAAUUUUUCUGCUUUAUCAGUAAUUUAUUUUGUAACAUUCCAAAAUCUAUCAUCGUCCCAACUUCUAAUGUUGAAGUACAGGCAAAACAAUGGUGUCUAAAUGUCAGAGGUGAAGAACAUUGCCAGAUUUUUCUGUGUUUCACUGAGUUGUACAUAUUUCUAAUUUCUGGUUUUCCCUGAUUAAGUAAAAUA